AUAUCCACUUUUGGCGUCUUCUCAUAUCCAUUUUACCAUUAUUUCGCUCCCUUCUCUCAUUCAAACUUGCGUUGAUAAACAUCAAAUUUGAUUUAUUUUUGCUCUACUAACAUCCAAGUAAAAGAACACGGCGCUGGCCAUUUCAUAUUUCGGGAUUCCGUUGGUGUGUUGGUUUGGGAGGAGAGCAUCUGACUGACCGACACUAAUCCGUAAUUUUAUUUUAUCACCAAGUACCGUAGAAAGGAGAUACUUGUAGACUGAUUAUUUAUAAGUUUGUGUUGUUUAUUAUUGCAGUCAGUGUGGAGUAAAAUUUAAUAUAGUGAUAAUUUGCGGCAAGAGUGUAAUUGUUUAACAUCUUUUUAUACAACAAGUGCAAAUAAGAAGAGGCGGAAUAAUGUCAAUUAGUACUUUCGGGGCUCCUCCUCCACGAAUGGGACCUGGUCCACCCCCUCAGGGUCCUGGUGGAGUCCGGCAGGCUACACCCAACCCGGCUCAGGUUCAAAAGAUUUUAGAUGAAAAUGCUCAACUGAUAGAAACAAUCCAAGAUUUUCAGAGCAAAGGAAAAGGACAAGAAUGUCUACAAUAUCAACAAACUCUACACAGGAAUCUCGUAUAUUUGGCUUCUUUGGCAGAUGGGAAUCAAAAUAUUCAACAAAUGCUGCCGGCGCCAGGACAAGAAAUUCCUCCACCAGGGAUGCAACAGCAACAGGGUAUGGGACAACCAGGACAACCACAAGGAUAUUACGGUCGACAGAAUCAACCACCUUCUCAAUAUCCUUAUGGCAAUUAUCCACCCGGUGGUCAACCUGGACAACAACAGCAACACCCUCAAGGAGCAAUGUCAAAUCAGUCUCAACCAAUGCCGCCUCGACCACCUGGGCCCAACCCCCCUCAAGGAGGGCCACCAGGACAACAGCCUCAACAAAACCCAGCAGCAUCGUAUCAGCAACAACCUCAACCUCCUAGCUCUCAAGGACCCGGGGGAGCCCCACCCACUCAGCCUGGACAACACCCACAGUCCCAACAGCAACAACAAUAUUAUGGUCAUGGUGGUCAUCCAAAUUAUCCUCAAUAUGCGAAUCCAAACCAACCAAACCCUUACGGCCAGAUGUCAAAUCCUAACCAACCUGCUACAGCUCCACCUCCUGCAACUGGUAAUGCAGUUCCACCCCAACAGCAGCAAUAUCCCCCUGGUCCUGGCUCAGGGUAUCCUCAAAAUCCACAAAAUUAUCCUGGAGCUGCACCAACGAAUCAAACUGGAUAUCCACAAAAUCCACAAAACUAUAACUAUAAUCCGGGAACUUAUGGAGCAAACCCGGCAAGUCCAAACCCUGCGGCGGAUAAUCGAGGAGGAGCAGGAGCUUCUGCUGGUGGUGGCCCACCUGGAUACGCUUCAAACUAUGGUGGUCAGCAGCAGUAUCCUCCACAAGGGUAUCCUCAAGGCCAGGGGUAUAAUUAUCCUGGAACUUCUCCAGUCCCACAACAAGGCCCAGGGCCACAACAACCACCUCCAGCACAACAACCUGGCGCGCCGUAUCAACCUUAUCAACAGCAAUAUCAGGGAUAUUCUCCACAAACCGGUUACCCUGGAGGCUAUGGAUCAUAUCGGCCUCCGCCGGUAGGUCCUGGGCAACCGAUGCAACAGCCUGGAGGAUACAAUCCGCAACAGCCCUCAGGUUAUGGGCAGCCCCCUCAACAACCCCCACCAGCGAAUUAAAUACAGCAGCAAUCUCAUCUCAUAUUAAGUCAUUGAUGCUUAUUUACUAUAUACACUGUGUUGUAUUCAACAAUUCGUAUGCAAACAACCAAGUUGAUGCGUAUAUGGACGAUGUUUUAAUUUAUGACGUUUCCUUACUUAUUCCUCCUGGUUAUCAUUCCCGUGUGUUGUUUUAUUGUAUGUUCUUAGAAUUUUAUCAUAAUGGAUUAUAAUACUUUGAUGUUAGCCGUGAUACAACUGGUUGUAAUGCUCCUGAUACAUAACAUUAGAAAAUAGUGAUAUUAUAUUUCGCCAAAUCUGGUCGCAAUCUUGGGCUCAGUACUGACUUACGAACCACCUGUAUUUGGUACCUGCUGUGCGUGUUGAUAAACAUACGAUUGACCUACAAUUAGUAUUACUAAUAAUAAUUAUUAGAAUUGCUAUAUAUAAAUUCUAUUCACUAUUAGAACUAUAUAGCAUCAAAUUGAUAGAACCAUAAAAGGCUGAUAGAAUUUUUCGUUACAAACGUAUAUAUAUUAUACAUAUGUGGUUUUUUAUUUAAGUUAUUUGUAGCCUAAUAAGCGUGUGUCACUAUUGCAGCAUUGUGUUAAAAUUGUAAAUUAUACAGUAUUACGAUCAGUGCUAAAUAGAACCCUCUCUAUCCUCAGAAAUCCUGCUAAAUGAUUUAUUGUAUAGUAAAUAAGUAAUGUAUAAUGCUUAGAUGUGAUUAUGGAAGGUGACCGUUAUUAUGUAUAAUAUUCCAGAAACCAUUCCUGUAUUUUAACUAAAAACAUAGAAAAAUAUAUUUAAGUAUUAUUGACACAUA